AUGCCUUCGUCAACGCCAACACGAAGGACACCUGUCUAUUGCAACGUCUACGACAUGAUCCCCUCCAACGCCUUGACAUCGAUCGGCUACUUCAUGGGCAUAGAAUUCAACUUUGGAGGACACGAAUACAACUUUACAGGAGUCUUUUGUGUCGAGCCCAAGGUUGGCCCACCUGGCGUCGUCUUCAAGUAA